CUCCCAGUCGUUUCGCAGAUUUCCCGCCAUUCUCUUUCAUCGUCAUCGAUCGUUUGAGUCCUCAACACAUCAUCCACUGCCCAAUUUCAUCUCAUCUCAUCUCACCUCAGUUCAGUGCUGUUCACCAAUAAACAACAGAAGCUCGCUCAUUUCUCAUCGCAUUCGCACCUCAUCUCACUCCAUCUCACCUCCAAUCGCUCUAGUCGUAAUAUCCAAAACCGAAAAUAAUGGCAUCAUCCGACGAGGACAAGAAGAUUGUGCUGUACCACUACUCCGCCUCGCCCUACGCGAAGCGGAUCGUGUGGUACCUAGCUCUCAGAGGCAUCCCCUACGUGCAGUGUAUGCAACCUCCAGUCCUCCCCCGCCCAGACGUAUCAAAACUAGGCCUCAACUACCGCCGCAUCCCCAUCCUCGCCAUCGGCCGCGACGUCUACCUCGACACACGCCUCAUGCUCCGCAAGCUGGAACAACUCUACCCUUCACGGCCCCGCCUCGGCGCCACCACCCCCGAACACGCAGCCGUGGAGCGCCUCCUCGAAGCCCUCAUCAUCGACUCCGUCUUCUCCAACGCAAUCAACGUGCUGCCCACCAACUUACCAAUGCUCAAAGACCCCAAACGCACCUGGUUCAAGGACCGCGAGGACUUUGUCGGCGGCAAGCUCUCCGCCGAGACGAUAGAGCGCGGGCGGCCCAACGCCGUCAACGAGAUCCGCCGCACCGUGGCGCUCCUCGAGACGACGCUGCUCGCCGACGGCCGGGACUGGGUUUCCGGCACGGAGGAGCCCUCGCUGGCGGAUAUCGAGGCCGUGUGGCUGCCGCACUGGUUAGCUUCCCUCCCCGGCGCGCUGCCGGCGGAGCACGUUUCCAAAGAGCAGUUUCCCAAAGUCUUUGCCUGGAUCGAGCGCUUCCAGAAGACGACCUCGGACGCUAGAAAGGCGGCUGGGAAGGUAGCCACGGUGUCGGGCGACGAGGCGGCGGAGAUCAUCGUCUCGUCACCGUACAAUGAAUCAACUACAGGAGGAGUCGAUGCCAAAGACUUGCUCGUGAUCGCGCAGGAUCUCAAGGCGGGCGACGAGGUGAUCGUCUGGCCCGCCGACACGGGCGCCUCGCACAAGGACACGGGGAAGCUUGUGAGCCUCGACGGGGACGAGGUCGUCUUCGAGGUCACCGGGCCCAGGGGUACCUCCGUGAGGGUCCACGCGCCGAGGCAUGGGUUCCGGGUGGAGAAGCUGGAGAGGUAUAACGCGCGCACCGGGGCGGCCGCGAAGCUGUGAUUUCUUUUUUUUCCUUUUCUUCUCCCGCGAGCGACCACGGCCCGAAGUCCUUUCUGCAACCUCCGUCAUUCGCCGGGUGCCGUUGCCGGAAGAGGAGCAUGGGUAUGUUGCUCCGGCCAAAGACCUACUCAUUCCAGAGUGUCUUUACAGGCCGGAGCGAGUGUUCGGAGGGGGAAGACUCAGAAAAGCGUUCUAUCAGAGCUCGGCGUGACACCAUGCGACGCAGUCGGUAGAAACGUGAAACAAACACCCGCGCUACAUCAUUGAUAAACUACCCAUCGAGAAUCUGGAGCAUCAUCAGACUUAUUAGAGAGGGGAGGAAU